GAGCGAUAUAUAAGCCUGCGCGGAUUUUUUACCCGCACACAAACUAGUUCAACGUAGCUAGGCAAUCUUAGAUACUCAAUAUGAAAUUCGCAGUGGUGAUUUUGGCGUUUGUGGCUGUCGCGAGUGCGCAGUUCAAUAACCCCUACAACCCCUUCGGGUUCAACAACCAGAGGUACUACAAACCCACUCCUGCGCCGUACCGCUACCGCCCCGUGUCCAUCACUCCCGCCUACAAACCAAUUGCUUUCACCGCCUCAACCCCCGCCCCAGUGGUUGCCCCCGUGCCCGUUGCCAGGGUUGUCUCUGACGCUCGCAACGCCCAGACCCUGAAAUACGGCAAUGAAGUCAACCCUGAUGGCAGUUACAACUACUUCUACGAAACCGACAACGGUAUCGCCGCCCAGGAACAGGGCACUCCCCGCAACUUCGGUGGAAACCCCCCUGUAGUCCCAAGUGUCGCCCAGGGAUCUUUCUCAUGGACCUCUCCUGAGGGUGAGCCCAUCGUCAUCACCUACGUCGCUGAUGAGAACGGAUACCAGCCCUCUGGUAACGCCAUCCCCACCGCUCCUCCAGUACCCCCCCAGAUCGCCCGCGCCCUCGAGUACAUCGCCCGCAGCGCGCCCAAGAAAUAAGCUGCGUCUGAACGAUAAAGCUUUCCCAUAACAGUAUAAAACGUACUUUAUAAAAUGAAUAGUACAACUUAGAAGUAUUGUCGAGUAAAAUAAAAUCAAAUGUGAUAUAUUUUAACAAUAACUUUUAUUUGCUAUUUCUACGUAGUCGAUAUGGUUUGUGAUAACUGUUUGCGUAAAAAUGUAAAUAAAAUAUUGUAAUUGUUAUACAAAUCUGUUUUUCUCAUUUUUGAAAGACCUAAGAUAAAUUGUGUGUAAUCAAACUGUAAGUUGUUGGAUUCCACAUUGAGAGUAUUCUUUUUUAAAAGGCUCACCGUGCCUGUGACACUUCUGAUGUUGCGCGUGUCCAUUGGCGGCGCUGAUCGCUUACCAUCAGGAGAUCCGACAGCUCGUUUGAAUAAUUUAAUUACAAUACGCAAUAUUCCUGUAACCUUUAAUCCGAUUUUGUAAUAUAGAAUAAGUAGUUUUUUUGAUAAAAAAUAAGUAAUUCAAAUAAAAUUGGUCAUCGAAAUCGAUUAUUCAAAAAUUUACAUUAAA